CGCUAUUAGGGUGACAACAUUCCGUUCUGCCGAGCCUCGGGCGGCGACUUCCGUGCUGCCUCUCGCGAGCCCGGGUGUGGAGCGGGAGUUUUGUCAGCGCCGCGAGGCCGCCCUCGGCCGGCAGAGGGCGCUGGGCCUCUACGUCACCACUUGUCGGCCGGGCGCCCAGUGGGCCAUGCUCCAGAGUUUUCCAGCUCACGGUUUGUUCUCCACCGCUCGAAAGGCCAUGGCCAAAUCUCACACCCAGAUUCAGACUUUGAAAGUUUUAAGUGUGGAGGUGCCAACUGUGAUGGCAUAGGCCUGUAACUCCAGAACUCAGGAAGCUGCCUUAAGAGGAUUACUCUGAAUUCAAGGCCCUGCCCUGACUACAGACUUGCCCGUUGCCUGGGAUGUUAUUUUAAGAAAGCAGAAGCAACAUCAUUUGCACACUCCUUAUAGACACACACGUUGGCUCUGGCUUUCUGGCUUCAGUGUUUCAAAAGUGAAGACAAGAUGAAGAAGACCCACUUGCUUCUCUGGGGAGUCCUGGCCAUUUUUGUCAAGGCCAUCCUUGUAACUGGUGACAAUGAAAAGACCAUUCUUGCUGACAACAAAUGCAUGUGUACCCGAGUUACUUCCAGGAUCAUCCCGUCCACUGAGAAUCCCAAUGAGGACAUUGUGGAGAGAAAUAUCCGAAUUGUCGUUCCUUUGAACAACAGGGAGAAUAUCUCAGAUCCCACCUCUCCACUGAGAACGAAAUUUGUGUACCAUUUGUCUGACCUCUGUAAGAAAUGCGAUCCUGUGGAAGUGGAACUGGAUAACCAGAUCGUUACUGCCAGCCAGAGCACUAUCUGCAGUGAAGACAGUGCUGUUCCAGAGACCUGCUGCACUUAUGACAGAAAUAAGUGUUACACAGCUAUGGUCCCACUUAUGUAUCGUGGUGAGACCAAAAUGGUGCCAACAGCCCUGACCCCUGAUUCUUGUUACCCUGACUAGUUUGAGUCAUACUCAAUACUAUGCAAUUCUCUCUUUAGGGGCUCUCCAUUUGAACCCAGAAGUUGUACUCACUGCUCAUAAAUUUGAAACCAGAAUUUUUUUUUUUUUUUGCCUUUUGGAUGGUAUAAAACUAACAUUCCCUUUUAAUAGUUAGAAUAUCAACAUUGCUGUCAUUAUUAUGUAAUUCUUUCUCAAUUCUCAGUAUUAAGUCCUCAUUUCUGCCUAAGGAGAUAUUUGCAAGAGUUCAUUUCCUGGAGUUUAAAAAUGUAAACAAGGGGAGAAAGUAAAAUUCCAACAGAAAAAUUGAGAGGUGUAAUUAAAUUAAAUCCUUUUUCUUUCCUACUUUGCUGUGGAGAGCUGGAGCUUCUGCACAUUCUGUGCUAUUCUCUCUCUUAAUGUCUCACUGUGUAGAGAAAACAUACACAUAAACACAGGGUAGUUACAUAUCUUCACUAGAAGUUGAAAAUGACACAUUUUGAAGCUAUUUACCAAUAUUUGCAAAACCAGUUUGCUGAAAGUGAUGUGAUUUGAUGCACAAUUGAAAAAAUGUAUUUUGAAAUAACACAGAGACUUGCACUAGAUUUUUUUGAUAAAAUUUUGACAAUCAGGUUUUUUGUCCGAAAUUCUUAGAGGAAUCUUCUGUCUUGUAGCUGAAUCUAAUUGAAAUUUGUAUUCCUAAAUAUGUAUUCUCUAGCACAGUUUGAACAAUUAAAUAGAUUCAUAAGCAUA